AUGCGCGAUAAUGCCGUGCGCAAUUGGUUCUCUGCAAUAGAGAAAGGUCAGUUGUCUGCGAUCCACAGACUCCGAAAGGAUGUGAAUGAUAUCAACGUUACUACUUCGUGGCAAAUUAACGAUGUGGAGCUUGGUUGGCAGAGUGUUCAUUUUGCCGCUAAGAACGGUCAUGAUAACGAAACCCCCUUGAUGCUCGCGUUGCAGAGCAACAUGCGCGAUACAGUUAGAAAGCUAAUUCACUUAGGCGCAAAAGUUAAUUCUUUGGAUCAGAAAUAUCUACAUCAAUGUGUCCAUCGUGGGCUUCUUCCAUUGGAUGUUGUAAGCAAAUUUAGCAAAAGUGGCUCGGAAAAUUCGAAGCCUGGAUUGCGCUCACGUUUACGACCGGAUGCUUAUAAUGAGAAUUCUGGCGAACUUGUUUCAAAUUUUGACCAAACCAUCUAUCUAGAUCCCAGCUCGCUCACUCCUGAUCAUCUGCCCGCCUAUCAUCAAGUUCAGCAGCUCUCCACUUCUUACGAUCUAGAACUUUCUAGAAGAAAACGGGAAUUUAUGAAUAGACUUGUUCGGACCCACCCAGGGGCUAAAGUUAAUGAAUUUUUUGCUUUGUUUAAAAGAGUAGUAAAAACAGAACUCAGUUCUGCUGAAAGGAUAAAUUCUAUCCAGGAGAUACUCAAACUUAUCCCCUUUAACUGCAAGCUUAUGAAUGCUGGAAUUAUGUUAUCUGAAAUUGAUUCUUUCCUUCGGCUCAUCGAAGCUUGUCUAUGCGAAAGCAGGUGUUCACGUGACUUGAGUUCGCACCUUUCCCAAUUGGCUGGACGUCUUGCUAUUUGCCCGGAAGUAAAGAUCCUUCCAAAUAAUUCAUCUGAGACUAUAAACGCGGACAAUUCCUGUGGUCAAUACGCGGAAUACAUAUCUAGAUUAUUCAGAAAACUUGUAAUGAAAUCAAAUUUUCAAUUCAGAUCAGGCAUUAUGUCUCACAUCUGUCGUCUUCUUACUGAUCUUGAUUUAUCCCUAUCUGAAAACAAAUGUGGUAAAUAUUCCGUGGAAACUAAGGAAAACUUUCUGCAUGCAGUAAACGAUGCCUCGGCUUCUUGUUGGUCAGCUCUGGCUCCUCAUGCCCAAAAUAUAAUGGCGAAUGUCCUUAGAUUAGCCGAAUCUCUCAACCAACCCAGCAACGUUACUGGCUUUUGUUUACUCAUUGGCGUUCUUGGUAGAAGAUUCAUUGAUGCAGGCCCCCAAACGCUUCGUAUAUUUGCAGAAAAAUUCCCUGAGUUAGCAGAUAUUCUCGUCGGAUGGUGCGUUGAUCCGGCCAGCGUCUCCCGUGGAAUUGACAUGUCAACAAUCUAUAGAGAGUUUUCAUCCACCUUGGCCCCUUGGUGGCUUUCUUCGAUUACUAACAAAACGGAUGAUCCAAAGGAAGCUGGUCAUUCCAUUACUAUUGAAAUGCUAUCUCAUUUACUAGAGGAUUCUAAAUCUAACAUGAAAGCUGCCCUCAGUGAAAUGAAAAACAUUCCCCCCAAACGAAAAGAUGCAGCAAUUACCAAACAGGUUCAUUCGUGUGAUCCACUUCCUUCUCUGGAAUCUGUUCGGCUUCACCUUUCUGUUUUUUCCAGUAUUUCUCGUGGCCUGUGCAAAGAAUUAUCCCGAAUGGAUAUUAAUCGUUCAGAUGAGGUUUUAAUAAACAUGGGAAUAGACCAUGCUAAAUUUUUGGAAUGGGUUGAACUUCUA